UUAUAGUCGGCCGUGGCAGAACGCGCUGCUGAACUGCGCGUACAGUUUUCAUUUCUGGGUGCAAGAGGCACUCGAAAUUUGCAUAUUUGUCGCCUUGCUCCAGUCUCAGUAUCCUAAACCACCAUCAAUGGCUGAAACUCAAACCCCAAAACCCUAGUUUCCCCGAAGUUUCAAGCAGUUUUCUGCAAUUUCAUGACGUCCGAAGCAAGUGGCCUUGAAAGAUCCCAUCUUUGAAGGCAGAUCUACUCAGUUAUUUGCAGUUGAGGAUUCCUUUCUGUGACAAUGGGAAAUUCGUCAGAUGACAGUUUGGAAGAGGACAUAAGUGAAUCUGAAAUAGAAGAGUAUGAAGAUAAAUCCUACGAGGAAUUGAAGAAUGGAAAUCACCAUGUUAAAACCUCUGGUGAAAGUUUUUCUUGCCCUUAUUGCUCGAAGAAGAAAAAGCGAGAUUAUUUAUAUAAGGAACUCCUCCAGCAUGCGAUUGGAGUGGGAAAGUCUAGUUCUGAAAAGAGAAGCAUGAAAGAUAAGGCAAAUCAUCUGGCAUUGGCAAAAUACUUGGAGAAGGAUAUUAUGGAUGUAGAUGGCCCAUCAGGUGGUCCAUCAAAACCUAAGUCUGAGGCUCCUUUGGGUUGUGAUCAUGAUGAAAUGUUCGUGUGGCCUUGGACAGGAGUUGUGGUUAACAUUCCAACUGAGUUGAGGGAUGGGCGAUAUAUAGGAGGAAGUGGUUCCAAGCUGAGAGAUGAAUUAACAGCUAGAGGGUUCAACCCCAUAAGAGUUCAUCCACUAUGGAACUAUCGAGGUCAUUCUGGAUGUGCUGCUGUGGAAUUCAAUAAAGAUUGGCCUGGGUUACAUAAUGCAAUGUCCUUUGAGAAGGAAUAUGAGGCAGAUCAUCAUGGGAAGAAGGAUUGGAUUGCAAGUAAUGGUCGAGGAUCUGGUCUUUAUGCUUGGGUUGCCCGCGCUGAUGAUUACAAAGCAGCAAGUAUCAUUGGAGAACACCUUCGCAAGAUUGGAGAUCUUAAGACCAUUUCUGAUAUCAUGGCUGAAGAAGCUCGGAAACAAAGUAAGCUUGUAUCUAACCUGACAAAUGUGAUUGAAGUCAAGAACAAGCACUUAGAAGAGAUGAAGCGUAUAGUCAGUGAAGCUUCGGUCUCCCUUAAUAAUUUAAUUGAGGAGAAAGAUAAGCUUCAUCAAGCUUAUAACGAAGAGAUAAGAAAGAUACAGAUGAGUGCAAGGGAUCAUUUCCAGAAGAUUUUUAAUGAUCAUGAAAAGCUUAAGUUACAACUGGAAUCUCAUAAGAGAGAGCUAGAUUUGCGUGGGAGAGAGUUGGAAAAACGCGAGGCUCAUAAUGAAAAUGAAAGGAAAAAGCUCUGUGAAGAGAUUGAAAAGAUCUGUGUGAACUGUCAAGUGGUGACACUUCUGUUUUGUCUUCAUAAUGUUAUGAAAAAUAGUUCUCUUCAAUUGGCAGCCGUGGAACAACAGAAAGCUGACGAAAAAGUAUAUAAACUAGCAGAAGAUCAGAAGAAGCAAAAGGAGAAUCUUCAUAGAAGAAUUAUUCAACUAGAAAAACAGCUGGAUGCAAAACAAGCAUUGGAGUUGGAAAUUGAGCGACUAAGGGGGACAUUAAAUGUCAUGAAACACAUGGGUGAUGAUGGUGAUAUGGAAAUUCUGAAAAAGAUGGACUCAAUGCUUAAAGUUUUGAGAGAAAAGGAAGGAGAACUUGAAGAUUUAGAAGCAUUGAACCAGACUCUAAUAGUGAAGGAACGUAAAAGCAAUGAUGAGCUGCAGGAAGCUCGUAAAGAAUUAAUAAGUGGCUUGAAAGAAAUGUCAGGUCGUGCUCACAUCGGUGUUAAGAGAAUGGGAGAGCUUGAUAAUAAACCAUUCCAUGAAGCAUGCAAGAGAAAAUAUGGUGUGGCUGAACCAGAGGAGAGAGCUUUGGAGCUGUGCUCCUUGUGGGAGGAAUUCCUUAGAGAUUCUGAAUGGCAUCCUUUUAAAGUUGUUGAGAUUGAAGGGAAACAUCAGGGGGUGAUAGAUGAUAAUGAUGAAAAGUUGAGAAGCGUAAGAGAUGAGUUGGGUGAUGAAGUGUACACGGCUGUGAGAACAGCUUUGAUAGAAAUAAAUGAAUACAAUCCUAGUGGGAGGUAUAUAAUCUCAGAGUUGUGGAACUAUGGAGAAGGAAGGAAGGCCACAUUGCAAGAGGGAGUUGCAUUUAUACUGAGGAAGUGGAAAACUUACAGAGACAAGAGAGGGAUAAAUUAAAGGAACUUACUGAGUGAGUGCUGAGUUGAAGCAAUGUACUCCACAACUGGAAGACGUGUCAUGGGGUGGACAAAUGAGCUUCAGUCUCAUGACAUCCUUGAACUUGUUUUAAGUAUCUAUCUUUGUAAAUCAUCAACUUUCAAAUUGUAGGGCUUUCUCUCCCCAUGAGACAUAACCUGCUGGGAAAGAGACUGCAUUCAUGCUAACAUUUAGUAUGAAGCUACUCAGCAAUGUGUAUAAGAAAUGUGGACAUAUCUGUUUGACCGUUCCAUGUUUAAUCCAGAACUUUGCAUUAAAUUAAA